AUGAAUAGUAACUUCUAUUAAUGUUAGAACUAUUAUAAUCUUUCUGCUAAAGGUGAUGGACUUUUGAUUCUGGUUUGUUUUUAUCAAAUAUUUACAUUCUUACAUGUUAGCCUAUUAAAAAAAUUUACAAAUUAAUCAUAAAAUAAGUUUACAAAUCUAAAGUAAAUUGCUUCUUAUAAUAAAUAAAUAUAUAAAUAAAUUUUUUUAAAGUGUAAACUCCUCAAAAAAAAAAAAAUUAAACAUAAAAAUAAAUAAUAUUUAUUUGUUAUUAAAUAAAAGAUAGGGUAAGCAAAAUUUUUGUAUUUUUUGUAUUUUUAGUAAUUGCUUUCAAUAGAAUUUAACAAAUUUAUAAAAUUUCAACAAAGACUGAUCUGCUGCUGCUAAGAAAUAUUAAAAUGUGUAAAUUCCCCACUCUAAAGUUUGCUAAAGAAAGUAUAAUGUAAAGAAGGGAAUUAGAACUAUAAAAGCGAUGCAAUAAUAAAAUAAGUGCAAAACUAGUGA